AUGCCACCCCGUCGGUCUACCGCACGCGCCUCAAGCGCCACACCUAUACGCGCCACCUCCCCAUCCAAAAGGUCGACCCGUGGUAGCAGCGUCAUAGCGCCGGAGGAUGCCAUCCCGCGAAAGAUCACCCGGGGCGCGUCUCAACAACCGAGUCUAGCCGAAGGCGCUGUUAACAAUCCUAGACUUCCUGAGGUCCAGAUUCAACAGUCGUAUGCUUAUGGGUCAAGCAGGACGCCCGUACUUCCGGCACAGUUGGUUGCCCGGAAUAAGAUGAAUCUGCGAGAAAUAGCCGAAACCAUCGACGCCGGAGUCGAGCAAGCACAGCAACACCUCAAGAGCCAUGUCGAGGAAACUCAUGCUAACUUGCAGAACCACUUGCGAGCCGAGAGGGCUCGUCGUAGAGCUUCUCGCGACGGUUCUCGGGAAGGAUCCGUUGCUAGCGAUGAGGUCGAGAAGAACAAAACCCAGCGAGUCGCGGCGUGGGCAAGCUCGUUGGAGAGUAGUCAGCUGGACGAGAUACCAGAAGAGGACCAGAGCUCCACGCGAAGCACUCCCGAUGAUGCCACCCACAAGGAUACGGAUCCGUCUAGCUUUCCUAGUGGGAUUUUCGAUUACAGCUACAACUAUGAGCGCGGCCUUCGAAAACCAAACGUUACCGUACGGCAGAGAGGAGGAGGCUCCUCCUUGCAACGUGUAUCAAAGACAGUGAAGGCAGCUACCAACUACACGUGUCAAACCUCAGCACGCGUUGUGGCUGCUAUAUCCCAAUGGAUCGCUCAACUCUUCCGAGCCUGUGGCAGGGCAGUCAGCGAACUCCCAAAUUCACCGUUUAUCCUCGUUAUGGUCAACAUCUUGUUUGGACUGCUCGUUGCGAGUGCGGCUGCCCUCCUCUUCUGUUAUACCUACACGAACCACGUUUGUGAUCCCUUCUCAAAUUCUCCUGUGGGCCUGGCAUUGCAGAAAUACUGCGGCAGUUGUACACGAAUUGCGAGCGACCCGUUGAACCUGACGUCCGCCCAUGGAGGCGAUCUAUCCAAGCUCUCCGUGGCGCUGAGCGGAAUGCAGAAUCAAAUGCGCGCGAUCGAAUCACGACUAACCGAGAAGCUGGACUCUCAAUACGAUGCCGUGGAUAAAGAAAUCGAAGCGCUGCGAAGACAACACUUGGAACUAUCAAAGCACAUACCGGGGUCAAGACGGGGCAGACUAUCUUCUUCUGGGGAUGUGGCAUCUCCAGUGAUGGCAAAGGUCAAUUACUUUGCGCCCAACAACGGCGCCCAGUAUCAGCCACUUCUAACAUCGCCCACCAAGGAGACCCCACAGAGGCUGAGGUGGAGAAAGUUCUGGCGCAUGUUUGGAGUAACUCUCUAUGACUCGAAGCCCGCAAAUACAGCUCUCAUGCCAUGGCAAGACGUGGGAGAGUAUUGGUGUUCGUCGACCAACCCGACCAAUCAAGACUCGAUGCGGUUAGGAGUCAAGGUGAGGGAGAUGAUCUUCCCUACGGAGUUGGUGGUGGAGAACUAUCCGACCGCCGGGUCACUGACACCAGGGUCGACUCCGAGGAAGAUCGAAGUCUGGGCUGACUUUGAGCACCUCGACAGUCAGGAGUGGGAGAGUCUCAAUAUCAGACAGAUGCAAGGACAUGGCGCGCUGGGGCCGACAUAUGCUUUGCUCGGGGAGAUGGAGUAUGAUACCUCGAUUGAGGCGCCUCAUGUCCAGGCUUUUCCGCUGGCUGUCAACCAAGACCGGCAUCUGUAUGCUGCGCAGACGUUUGUGGUCCGGGUCAUCUCGAACUAUGGCUCAGACCAUACUUGCCUUUAUAGGGUGCGUAUGCAUGGCGUUCCCGCGAUUGAAUAUGGGGUUGGUAGCGCUCAAUAG